GCCUGGUCGGUUCUGGCGCGGUCGCCCCCGGGGUUCGGCAGCUCUGUAAUGUCGCGCGCGUGGGUGUGCGGGCCCCUGGAGUGAGCCGUGUCCCGCAGCGGCUGCGGGCGGCUGCCUUGGGCAGUGGCUCUGCUGGCGUGGAGGCCGAGUGGAGGUUGAUCAACUCCAAAAUGUUAUCCCAGCGUGUGUGCCAAGUUUACAAAUGUUUGGUUUUGCGCAACUUAAAACUGAAUUCAAUAAAUGUGGCUAUUUUGGCCGGGAGGAUCCAUUCUUCGUCAAAAAAGCUUUCUGACUUGGAGUUAAAGGAACAAACCAUCCAGAAAUGUGAAACUGAAGAGUUGCCUCAAAGUAUAGAAAACAAUGAUCGUGGAAGAUUGCACAUACCAGUGAUGCUGGAGGAGGUUGUUAAUUGUUUAUCCCCUCAGCCAGGUGAGCGUUUCCUUGACAUGACGUUUGGAGCCGGCGGUCACACUACAGCUCUUCUAGAGAAAACCAGCAACAUCACGAUAUAUGCACUGGACAGGGACCCCACAGCUUAUAACAUAGCUCAGCAGCUUUCAGAAUCGUACCCGAAACAGAUUCAAGCUCUUCUAGGACAGUUUAGCCAGUCAGAAGCUUUGUUAAUCUCCUCCGGAGUUGAGCCAGGGACUCUAGAUGGAGUUCUCUUGGAUGCUGGCUGUUCUUCUAUGCAAUUUGAUACACCUGAAAGAGGAUUUUCCCUGCAGAAGGAUGGACCUUUGGACAUGAGGAUGGAUUGUGACAGGUACCCUGACAUGCCCACUGCUGCUGAUGUUGUGAAUGCUUUAGAUCAACAGGCGCUUGCGUCCAUCCUGAGAACAUAUGGGGAGGAGAGGCACGCCAAGAAAAUUGCUUCAGCUAUCGUUCAGGCACGCAGCAUAUACCCCAUCACCAGGACUCAGCAGCUUGCAAGCAUUGUUGCAGGUGCUUUUCCAGCAUCAGCAUUGUAUGCACGGAAGGACUUGCUGCAGAGACCUACGCAUGUUGCUACCAAAACUUUCCAAGCUCUGCGAAUAUUUGUAAAUAAUGAACUCCAUGAACUCCUUAUAGGGCUGAAGACAGCUGAGAAGUUUCUAAAACCGGGAGGUCGCCUUGUAGCCCUCUCCUUUCAUUCACUAGAAGAUCGUAUUAUCAAACGUUUUCUUCAUGGAAUAGACAUGACAGAGAAGUAUAAUCUUGGCGCAAAACAAAAGAUAAGACAGGCUCUGAAAAAUUGCUCCAAAGAAGAAGAUACAGAAGAAAUAUCCCCUGGAAAAUCCAAUUCAAAGUGGAUUUUUAUACAGAAAAAAGUCCUUACACCCCAGGCCAAGGAUAUUCAAACAAACCCAAGAGGAAGGUCAGCCAAGCUAAGAGCUGCUAUUAAACUCUAAAACAAAACAGAUAAUUGUAUAAUUGUAUCAUUUCCUUAAAUUUUGUUUUCCAGAAGGCUAACUGGAAUAGAUAGUAUCAAACUGAAAAAAAUAAAUUUAGUGCUGUUAGAAAAGAUUUCUUUCUUACCUUUGUGUUUCUUUCUAAUUAGGAUGUAGUGUCGAGCAUCAGAAGGUAAAAUAAAUGCAGAUAGGUGAGUGUCACUAAGUAUACAAAAAAGACAUUUUUUAAAAAGAGCAUCGAAGACAAAGUUUAUAGAAAUUACAGGUUUGAUGUAUUUACAGUAUUUCCUUUAGAUUAAAUUCAAAACCCUGAUGUUAACAGUCUCAACUCAGUAGCUGAUUGAGAGACAGACCCAUUUUUAUGGGGUUUCACACACCUCAGUUAGAUGGCUGGUUUAGUCUAGAGUAAGUUUAAACUAACCUAAGAAUUCAUGAUACCUAAGUCUUUUUUUCUCAACUGACUUGUUGCAUGGAUGCCUGUGGGGCAAGAGCUAGUACUUAAAUAAAUAAAUUGGUAUCGGUAUGUAAUGUUCUAUACAGGAAUUCAUAAAUUUACUUUUACCUUUUUUUUUUUAAAUAAAUAUUUACUUCUUGGAGUGAUGACCUGGUUAUUUAAUGAUUAUGGAUUCUAAAUAAUAAAUGUAUCUUGGGAAAAAAAGAUACUUAGAAUAGCAGUGUUUGCACUUGGGUAGUACAAGCAAGCAGUCAGAUUUGUACUUGACCAUUUGAAUUCCUUCCUGUGACUGUAACUUCUGGGCAUAGAUGCAGUACAACCUUUAGGUGUGGAUGGAAUUCUAAUUAACCCAUCAAGAAAAGGGUGUUGCAGUCUUAUGAAGUGUUUUCGUUUGCUGGUGAUCAUUUAUGAAGAGGUGCUACUUAGGUAAGUAUUGAAUUAUUUUAUAGAAGGCCCAUUGUAACCCUGUUUUCCUAUUUGGAUGCUAUAGGUAGUGGAAGAUGUAACAAUUUAUUUUUUUAGUAAGUCAAUAUGAAUUGGAUAUUCUAAUAAAAGACCAUUGUUUUGCUAUCUUUGCAUGUUAAAAAGGAUUGGAAAAUAGUGUAAGUUUCAAUUCCUUUGACCUCUGAUUCAUCUCUUCAGGAAUAAAAGUUUCAAUAUUGUUUAAUUCCUUGGUAAAGCUGUGUCAUGUAAUGUGUUCUUAGGUAUACAUGAUAAUAUCUGUCGCUAAUCUGAAAUAACAUUUGGGUGGUGAUGAGCAUUUCAUUAUUUUCUGAAAUUUCAAUAUUUUUCAACUAUUUUUCAUUCUAAAUUCUAUUAAAUAUUAAGUAAAGCAUUCCACUUCAAAUAAUAUUACUUACUGUUGGCAUCUUAGAGACAAGAGACUGUACCUUAAAUAGACGUUUUUUCAUGCAAACAUUAAAUAUAAAUAGCUAAUGUUAUUUUUAGCUAAAAUUCAAUACUGAAACAUACUCCAGUUGUAAGCUGGAAAAAUUGUACCUCCAGCAUGGGCUUGGAAAAGUUGUAGUGCCAUGCUGUGCAUUCUUCAGGAACACACUUCAGGAAAAGACCAUCCAAUUACAACAGAAGUAUCAGCAUCCCAUAAAUGAUAUGAAAGCAUUGCAAUUCCUUAUGCUUAAAACAAUGAUUCAAAUCCAUCCAUUCUCACAUCUGAUUUCAAAGGCAGUUUCUUAUGUUUGUUGAACCUAGUGUAGAUCAGGUUUCAUAAAUACAGUCCCUCGGUUAGGGACAGUAAGAGAUUUUUCUUCAUCUCUGGGUUGGAGUUGUGCAGCCAUGGCACUGCUUCAGUCAUUGAGCUUUUCUUUAAGGGACCUGUUUUUCUCAGGGUCAUCUCGCUUUCAGCUUUAAACCUAAGGUAUGGAGAGUCCUGGAGUU